AUGGCCCAUGCUGGGGCUGUACAUAUGGACACCACGGAAGAAUUUGAAAGUAUCUAUGACGAUUAUGCACGGGAUAAACUAAAAGGUCAUUCUCAGGGAAAGGUAUAUAAUAGAACAGUCUUGGAUCGCGAAGAGGACGGGACUUUCGACCUCUUGGUCAAGACGUAUUUCCCGAUGGAAAUCAGCCGGGCGGACUAUGAACAAUAUUUUGGACUGUCUUCAGGAAGGGGAAGAGAUCGAAGGCAAGGGUCCAUUGGGCGCGAUCCACUACCAAAAGGCAUAGUAAUCGACGGCAACAACUCAGAGAACGAUGUAUUGCUGGAAGGCGAGCUUGAGUAUCUAUCAAAAAUGCACAAGAAUCAAAUUGAGAUGGACCAGGUGCUAUCCCAUCCGGGGGAAAGCUGGACUGGUCUUAAAGGACAAGUGAACGAGGAUAUUAUGAAGAGGCAUGCCUUUGAACCCGGGAACCGCAGCGUGGCACUUCUCUAUAGUCCCCCAGCCAUGAUCCAAAAGGCAGUUCUUCCCGCUUUACUGGCCUACGAUGAAGAUAAGAACUUGUUUGACUUCUGA